UUUUAUCAUCUUCUCUUUUUUUUUUCUUGUCUUCUGUAUGUGCUUUAAACGAAAACAGACUUUGACUAUUAUACGUAGUUUAGUAUUUUUGGAUUAGUAACAAGUUAUGCGUGUUCGCUCUCAGUUCCAUCCAUCUAAUAUGUUUCUCAUUCUACUUCAUGUCCUUUGCUUUUCUUGGCCUUUAUGUCAUAUUUUGAAAUACAAAAUGGUCAGUUUACUAAGUUUCAACGACCAAUGAUUAUGCCUCUUCAUAGGUCUCCUCUGCUAGGAUCAAAGUUUUGUGGAGUGGAGUAGGGUUGCAACACGUGUAGCCAAAGAAUCAGGGUGCGGCAUUAGCUGGUUUGAGACUGAGCCCAACGAAACUUCAUCAAAGGAUGGUAGAUUUAAGGGAUAGUUAGCGUGAAUAUCCAAUAUAUAUGAAAUGUGUAUGUCAAACAUCAUGGAACUAAUCACAGCUUAGUGAUGCGCAUAUGUCAAACACUUGAACUUCAUUUAACUGUUGUUUGAGGAAGUUGGUGCCGCUAAAUUAACGUUCAGCUUCACAAUAAAAGACGGUAAUCUCUUUGUUACAACGUAAUGUCAACCAAUUGUUUGUCACAUAUUUUAUCAGAUAAAAUAAAAAGAAAAACGAGCAGUGCUAAAAGCAAAGUCCCAAUUGGCAUUACUAAAACAAAAUUUAGUAACGUGUUAAAAAAAAUUAGUAAAUUCUUGGAUUAAGGAGGAAAAAUAUUUCAUAUCUUUUAUACGGUGUGAUUCUUAAAUAGACCAGAUUCUUUUUUUUUAAUAACUUUGCUAUAAAAUACAAGGUGUGGAGGAGGAUCAUGAGGAAAAAAAACUAAAAUGAUAGUUGUCAAGAGUGGGAUUUGAACCCACGCCCUUUCGGACCCGCACCUGAAGCGGGCGCCUUAGACCAACUCGGCCAUCUUGACUUGUGUUUAUACAUUUCAGUACAAUUUUCUUAUACUCAGUAUAAAGAUCGAGUUAAACCCUUUUCUCCUGUGCUUGAACCCUAGAGAAAUCGAGGAAUGUAAGGAAUGCAAUUUCUCCCGGAGACGAUCGAUAGCUCAUCAUUUAGUUUCAUGUGGAGAAGCCCUCUCCUCUCAUUCCUCAUCUCCUCGGGAAUGUUGGUUUCAAAACAGAGAACGUUAAUAAAAGAUUCUUCCUUUAUCAGCUUCUCUUCCUCCUCAAUCUCCCGUCUUUUGCGCGAUUUAGGCUUCACGAUGACAAGUGUCUCGACGGUUUCAACUCUAGAGUUAAAUAGGAACGAGUCUGAUUCCGAUUCUAAGUUUUCCGGCAAAGCGACGGCGAUACUCCGCCGCAUGCUGGCUCAGAGGAAUAUUCCCAGCUUUCAGGUAGAGCAUCACAGAAAGAAAGAGCAGCCUGACAAGACACUACAAGGUCUUUGCAUCACUGGGAGGUUGAAAGAAGCUGUUGGGCUGUUAUGGCGCAGCAACGGGUUACAGCUCGAGUCCGAUACUUACUCUAUGCUGUUACAGGAAUGCAAAGAGAGGCGUGAAUACACAAAAGGGAAACGAGUACACGCUCACAUGGUUGUUGUGGGAUUUGCUCUGACUGAGUAUUUGAAAGUCAAGCUGUUGAUACUUUACGCCUUGUCAGGGGAUCUUCAAACAGGUGGGAUUCUCUUCCGUGGUUUGCAGUCGAGGUGUUUGAUCUCGAGGAACGCAAUGAUCUCAGGGUGUGUUAAGAAGGGUCUUGAACAAGAAGGGCUUUUUAUGUAUUACGAUAUGAGAUACUGUGGUUUAGUUCCGGAUCAGUAUACUUUUUCUUCCGUGUUUAGAGCGUGUUCUGCUUUAGCGUCGCUGGAACACGGGAUGAGAGCUCAUGCUGUGAUGGUAAAGACUUGUCUUAAGUCGAAUGUUAUAGUCAAUGGUGCUCUUGUUGAUAUGUACUUCAAGUGCAGCAGUGUCUCUGAUGGGUACAAAGCGUUUGAUCAGUUUUUAGAUAGAAACGUGGUUACGUGGACCUCGUUGAUGUCUGGAUACGGGUAUCAUGGACAAGUUUCGGAGGUGUUGAAAUGCUUUGAGAAGAUGAAGGAAGAGGGCUGCAGACCCAACUCUGUUACGUUUUUGGUGGUUCUCACUGCUUGUAGCCAUGGAGGUUUGGUUGAUCAAGGUCGAGAGCAUUUUGAUUCCAUGAAGAGUGAUUAUGGGAUUGAGCCUGAGGGACAACACUAUGCAGCUAUGGUUGAUAUCUUAGGGCGUGCUGGUAGGCUACAAGAGGCGUACGAGUUUAUAAUGAAGUCACCGUGCAAGAAACAUGCUCCGGUUUGGGGAUCUUUGCUGGGAUCAUGCAGGAAUCAUGGGAAUGUGGAGCUGCUAGAGCUCGCGGCUACUAGAUAUUUUGAGUUGGACCCAACGAACGGUGGGAACUACGUGGUGUUUGCCAAUGGAUACGCGAGCUGUGGAUUGUUGGAAGCUGCCUCGAAGGUUAGGAGGAGAAUGGAGAAUGCAGGAGUUGAAAAAGAUCCAGGCUAUAGCCAGAUCGAGUUACAAGGUCAAGUUCAUAGGUUCAUGAGGAAUGACACGUCUCACAGACUCUCUAGAAAGAUACACAACAAGGUCCAAGAGAUGGCUUCUCUGUUUAUGGAUGUUGACUACUAUCCAGAUGACUUGGACACUAAUUGAUAGAGGUUGUGUGACCAAGACAACUUGCAGUUAGCUGUCAGAAAUCUGUGUCCAAUUGAAUGUUGUAGCAGUCUCUCUCUCAUAUGGAAACCAGUGAUGAUGGAGAAGUGAUAGGCUCUGGAAAAUCUACACAAGUUUUGAUUUGGAUGGCUAACGUACUAAUUGGCUGAAGAAAAUUUGUUGUAUCACUUGCCAAAAACAAGCAGAGGAAGCUGCCACAGGGUUGGAGAAGUCAGGAGGAAAGUAAUUAGCAUGACAAAUCCCAGAUGAGGUGUAGAAGAAACAAAAGCUCCAUUAUACUGAAUGUCAUGAAUGAGUAUAUACAUAUUCUGUGAUUUAUAGGUUCUUUAUUCGACAUUCAUGGAACAUAUUUCUGUGUAAAACGAAUCACUCUCUGAAAGCGUAGAAGAUUCUUGAAGAA